AUGUAUUAUAGCUAUGGUCCCGUAAAGGUCACAUGAUUCGUCAUGGCGGCUGAGAUACACUCCCGGUCUCCGCACGGCCCUGUUCUUCUCACCAAGAUACCCGGGCACCGGGAGCAGGUCACCUCCGCCUGCCUCAUCCCGCGAGAGGACGGCGUGAUCACCGCCAGCGAGGACCGGACAUUGCGAGUAUGGCUGAAGAGAGACAGCGGGCAGUAUUGGCCAAGUAUCUUCCACACCAUGUCAUCUCCAUGUUCAGCACUGAGAUACCACCAUGAGAGCAGGAAGAUAUUUGUGGGACAGGAUAGUGGAGCCAUUGUGGAAUUUCUCAUGUCGGAUGACUUCAACAAAAUGAACUUUGUAAAGACAUACCCGGCUCAUCAGAGCCGAGUGACAGAGGUCGUUUACUCUCCUGGGCCUGAAUGGGUGAUCAGCACUGGGCAGGAUAAGUUCAUCACCUGGAUGUGCACUCAGAGUGGCUCUUUGGCGGGCAGAUAUGCGUUCUCUGCUUGGGCAUCUUGCCUCGAAUACGAUGAAGAAACCAGAUAUGCCUUUGUUGGGGAUUUUUCUGGGCUGAUUACACUGCUAAAGCUGGAGAAGGACAAUUCUUCUGUGAUAUCAACACUUAAAGGCCAUGAAGGAAGCAUCUCCUGUCUCUUCUGGGACCCUGUACAACGGUUUCUUUUUUCAGGGUCAGCAGAUCACAGUAUUAUAUUGUGGGACAUUGGAGGGAGACAAGGACGAACAAUAAUUCUCCAAGGACACCAUGACAAGGUACAGGGACUCUGCUACCUGCAGCUCACACGCCAGCUGUUGUCUUGUUCCGUCGAUGGAGGAAUUUGUGUAUGGAAUAUGGAUAUUGAUAGGGAAGAGGCUCCUCAGUGGCUAGAAAGUGAUUCUUGCCAGAAAUGCGCACAACCUUUCUUCUGGAACAUUAAGCAGAUGUGGGAUACGAAGACACUAGGGUUACGACAGCACCACUGUAGAAAGUGCGGCCAGGCUGUUUGUGGAAAAUGCAGCUCCAAGAGAUCCAGUUACCCCAUCAUGGGCUUUGAGUUCCAAGUGCGGGUCUGUGACUUAUGUUAUGAAACCAUCAAAGACGAGGAUCGGACACCACAGGCCACUUUCCAUGAGGGUAAACACAACAUCUGCUACAUGACAAUGGAUGUCUCUAGAGGACUUAUGGUCACGUGUGGAACAGACCGGCUAGUCAAGAUCUGGGACAUGACACCUACAGUGGGUGGCAGCCUGGCCACUGGCUUCUCUCCACGUUGAUCCCUCCAGUUUCAGUUUACCUUGAAGAAAGCACCUUAUGUACAGUCACGUACAUGCACACCACCUCACCCAGGGCUUUGCCCAUACUUCUGUGCUUCUACCGUAUGUACCCUAAGGAAUCAAAGCAAUGCAACAGCUCUCCCAAACCAGGAGGAGGUGCCUUAAUCUCAACACAGCUGCCCACCUUUACCUUAACUGCACUACAAACUCCAACCCAAGCUGCCAGGCAGCACAGGAUCUAGCGUAUGUAAUAGUUUCAGAUACCUUUAUGUAGUUGUAUAUCACUGCAGAAUAAUAUCUGCUACCCUUAGAAAGUUCCUAUUCAUUAUCUACUUGUAAAGACUGGAUAAUUCUAUUUUUAGUGUUUAACUGCUCUUUGAAAAUGUUCUUGUUUUUUGUUUUUUUCUUUCAAACUUCUUUCUAUUCCAUAAUGCAUAUAGUGCAGUCUUAGCACAUUAUCGUUGUAUGUUCUAAUAUUUUUCAGUGACUAAAGGCCUACGUUUGUGUAGUCUUUUGUACAUUGUCUGUUGAGUUAUAGUUGGUAAACCGAUGAAGUCUGACCCUGUAUUUUCGUAACCAGAUCUGUUUUACAUGGCAGUGAAUAUGUUCCUGUAUUACUGGCUUGUUUUGUUUACAGGUAAGGUUUAUUCUCCUUGGUGGCCAUGCUUAGGAAGUGGCAAGAUCAAAUA